UUGUCUCUGUUAACCUCACCUCGUAUUCAAUUUCAUCUCUUCAUUACGCUCCUUUCCAUCUCGACGUCCCUUCCAAGGUUUUUGAGCUUCAUUUCCAUCUCUACCUAAUUGAUUGAAGUUUGCUCCCUCAAUCGUUGUCAUCACAAUUAUGGAUCUUGCAGAACUACAUCGAGUUUUUCAGAUGUUUGAUCUCAAUGGAGAUGGAAGAAUAAGUAAGAAAGAGUUGAGUGACUCAUUAGAGAAUUUAGGCAUCCUCAUCCCCGAGAAAGAAUUAAUUGAAAUGAUCGAGAAGAUUGACGUGAAUGGAGAUGGUUACAUGGAUAUCAACGAGUUUGGAGACUUGUACCAGACAAUAACAGAGGAGAGGCACGAGGAGGAGGACAUGAGGGAGGCGUUCAACGUGUUUGAUCAAAAUGGGGAUGGAUUCAUCACGAUGGAGGAGUUACGGUCAGUGCUGGCUUCGUUAGGGCUGAAGCAGGGAAGAACCCUAGAGGAGUGCAAGAAGAUGAUAAUGAAGGUUGACGUGGAUGGAGAUGGGAUGGUUAAUUUCAAGGAGUUUAAACAGAUGAUGAAAGGUGGCGGUUUUGCUGCAUUGAGUUCAAGUUUAUAGAAGAAUAUUAUUGUUUUUAGGGUUCAGCAACGAGAAAAAUCAAGAAAUGAAAAUGAAGAGGAAGCCUUUGGGAAUAGAGGGGCUGAAGCAAGGAAGAACCCUAGAGGACUGCAAGAGGAUGAUAAUGAAGGUUGAUUGGAGAUGGAAUGGUCAAUUUCAAGGAGUUAACUUUAAACAGAUCGAUCAAAGGUGGCGCUUUUGCUUCAUUGAGUUCGAGUUAAUAAAAAGAAUAUGUUGUUUUUUAGGGUUUAAAAACUAGAAAAAUGAGGAAAUGUAAAGGAAGAGGAAGCCUUUGAGAAUAUAGAACUCUUCCAUUC